GUAUAUAUACUCUACCGUACAUAUCAAUACAACACACACUUUACAUUAUAUCAACUGUCUCUUCCGCUUCCUCUUCCUCUUCCUCUUCCUUCUCGCUUCUACCGAGUUAUUUUCCGUUUAAUGACUCGCCUUUUAACAUCCUUAGACUCCUCACCCUCCCACCGAUCAUCUUCCUCCGACAGUCAGAAACGGAAACUCGAUGGCAACGGCGACGAGGAUCUCCUCCCCAUGAUGAAGAGGCCCAAGGUCAGCGCCAAGUCACUGAAUCGUUCCGAGUCGACUCGUUUGCAGGUCUUGGUGAGGAUGAUGUCCGGAGGGAAAACAAUAGUGAUCCAGGCCGACAAGAACGACACAGUGGAGCAACUCCACCAUAGAAUCGAGCUAAAGACCAAGAUUCCGAAGGAGCAUUGCCUUGUCUACCAAGGCAAGCAGCUACGGCUAGGACACUACUUGAGCGACUACUCCAUCGAGCAAGACUCCUCCCUUCACCUUCGCGCCCUUAAAAUCACAAAGCAUCCCUUUGCUUGGGAACUCGCUGAUAAUAUCUUGGAAGCAGUCUCUAGAAUGCUUAGGGGCGAUUUGUCUGUCUCCGUCAGUGACAUCCUCGUUACGUUUUUCGUGGUGUCUAAGAAAUUCAGAGGUGAAUAUCUCGAGAUUUUCUUGAGCUCUUCGGUUCCAGCUGCUCUGGUGAAGCUUUAUGCUUCUUCUUUGGAGAUCAACAAAUCAUGUGCAGAGAGAUCUAUUAAGCUCGUCUUUGAUAAGUGCAUAGAGUUGCAUGAUGAUCAGCGGAGAUGUUUUUUACCCAUCGUGUUAGAGUUCUUUAGAUUGCUUAGAAAGGUUUGUCCUCGUAACGAGCUUUAUGUGUCUUGUCGGAACACCUUGGGAUCUGUGCUGGAAUUGGUUUAUAGCUCUGACGAGUCUCGUAGUAGCUUGCUGAGUAUUGGGGAUGAGAUCUUCCCGUGUUUAAAAGAUUUAGUUAAACUUAUGGUGAAACAGUUAGUGGAUGAUGAUGAUGAUGAUAACUCAGGGCCUUGUUCAUGUGACGUUCAGAAACUCUCUUCCUUUUGGCAACCCUUGAGUUAUUCAAUACAAAACCAAGCUAAACUUUUCACUCCCAUUGCUUUGCCUCUCCAAAAAGAUGUAUUGGGGAAGCUUUAUCACGUCUUCGGGGAAUUGUUGAAUGCAAUGGGAAAAGGCAUGUUAAGACUUGAAUCAUUGUUGGCGAGAGGAGGAGCUGUGACUGCACAGUAUUCUCAGUAUCUUGCUAUACUGAAGAUUGUUAGUUCAAUGUCUGAACUCUAUCAAGGCGGUGAGGAACGGGUAGCUAUGCUUUUAAGUAGCAGGAAGGCUUCAUUCGGCGCCCUCAUUUUGAAAUUCACGAAAAGAGGGGAGGAUGAUGAUCACCAAUGGAUCUUUAAGUACAAGGAAGCCACAACCUUUGAAUCUAGGAGGCAUUUGGCAAUGCUGUUGUUUCCGGACGUGGAAGAAGACUAUGGGGAGAUGCACGAAAUGCUCAUUGAUCGGUCCAAUUUGUUAGCUGAGUCAUUUGAGUAUAUUACGGAAGCAAGCGCAAAGGAACUUCAUGGUGGACUGUUUAUGCAAUUCAAGAAUGAGGAAGCUACAGGCCCUGGUGUUCUUAGAGAAUGGUUUUAUCUCCUAUGUCAGGAGAUAUUUAAUCCGCACAAUACCCUCUUCACUCGAUCUGAUGAUGAUUUCAGAAGAUUCUCUCCAAAUCCAGCAUCCAAGGUGGAUCCAUUGCAUCCUGAUUACUUCGAGUUCACUGGUCGUGUGAUUGCUUUAGCUUUGAUGCACAAAGUUCAAGUGGGGGUGCUAUUCGACCGUGUUUUCUUCCUGCAGUUGACCGGAAAGAAUAUUGGUUUGGAAGAUAUCAAGGACACGGAUCGAAUCAUGUACAACAGCUGCAAACAGAUUCUAGAGAUGGAUCCAGAGUGUUUCGAUUCAGAAGCAGGUCUCGGUCUAACAUUUGUGUCUGAAACCGAGGUGCUGGGAAAAAGGAAAACAAAAGAGCUGCUUAAAGGUGGAAAGUCCAUUGCCGUUAACAGCAAGAACAGGGAGCAAUACGUCAAUCUUCUAAUCAGACAUCGAUUCGCCACAUUAGUCUCUGAGCAAGUAAAGCAGUUUUCUCAGGGCUUCUCGGAUAUCCUUGUAGAUACUGCAUCCUUUUUCAAGAGAUUAUACGUAGAGGACUUCGAUUGCAUGCUUGGAGGAGGAGACAACCUGAUAAGCAUAGAUGACUGGAAAGCUCAUACAGAGUACAAUGGAUUCAAAAAGACUGACCGCCAAAUACGCUGGUUCUGGAAGAUUCUGAAGAAAAUGACAGAGGAAGAAAGGAGGAGUGUACUCUUCUUUUGGACAUCGACUAGGUUUAUACCAGUGGAAGGGUUUAGAGGGUUAUCAUCAAAGCUUUAUAUUUACAGAUUACAUGAAGGUAAGGAUCAUCUUCCAACGUCUCACACUUGCUUUUACCGUCUCUGUUUACCAAAAUACCCCAAGAUUGCUCUCAUGGAACAACGACUUCGACUCAUCGCUAAAGAUCAUGUCAGCUCCAGUUUCGGUCAACGGUGAAUAUUUAUCAAAGACUGUAAUAUAUCUGAUCUUUUGGUUGGUAGAUUGGUGCUUUUGGUGUUUUUAUUUAGCUGUAGUCAAGCUCUGUUACGACCGGGAGAAAAACGUUAAAAAUCAGAUAUAUUACAGUCUUUGAACAGACAGAUUCAACUCUCAUCUCAAUUAUCUUCAUGAUAGACAGGAAAUAAAAAGAAAACCCAUAAUAUCUUUAUAUUAAACAAAGAGAACAGUAAAUCAUACUAGUACCUGAAUUGUCUUAUUACUAUUAUGUAUAAUCAUCAUCACCUUAUAUCUCGUAAGACAAUAGGAUUUACCAAAAACAAAGAGAAAAGAAAGACGAGAAAUGUUCCCUUGGGUUCAACAGGAAGCUUAUUACGCUGUCUUGACUUCAACAGUCUUCUCCUCUUCUGCCGCCGGCUUGACAUCUUUCUCUUCCGCAGCUGCG